AUGGAACCCGAGCUGGAGCUGGAGCUGGAGCUGGAGAACCUUCUGCUCAGGGUCCCAUCCUGGAGCACACUUGGAGGCCCUGAGCAUCAAGAAAUAAGCUUCAUAGAACGUGAAGACAGCGCCCCAUGGUCAUCACCAGCCGUGACCACCAGCUCUGAAAAGGUCCAUGGGAAACAGGCCACCAAGGCCUCAAGAUGGAUGAGACAGGAAGCUGUGGAGGAAGGGGAUCCAUCAGGUGGGGGCCAAGGUCCCCAAGCCAGGCCAGCUGCUGAGUCUGCCACUGGGCAGGAAGCCACAUUCCCUCAGGCCACACCCUUGACUGGGGUGGGCACCCCUGCAACAGGGUGGGACUACCUCUCGCCUGACAGUGCAGCCUCAGCUGUGCACUCCGGCAUGGAUGACGUGGAGUUGGCCAUGGCAAUUCCGGCCACGGAAGCCUGGGGCUGCGAGCUGGAAGACCUGGCAGAAGAGGGGCUAGCCCAGUGCCCGUCCCCACAGGCACAGCCCCUCAGCCUCGGCUGGGAUGACGAGUUGCAGAAGCCCGGAGCCCAGGCCUACAUGCACUUCAUGCAGGAACAUACCUGCUACGAUGCCAUGGCAACCAGCUCCAAGCUGGUCAUCUUUGACACCACCCUGGAGAUCAAGAAGGCCUUCUUUGCCCUGGUGGCCAACGGCGUGCGCGCAGCCCCACUGUGGGACAGCAAGAAGCAGAGCUUUGUGGGGAUGUUGACCAUCACAGAUUUCAUCUUGGUGCUGCAUCGCUACUACCGGUCCCCGUUGGUCCAGAUUUACGAGAUCGAAGAGCACAAGAUUGAGACCUGGAGGGAGAUCUACCUACAAGGCUGCUUCAAGCCCCUGGUCUCCAUCUCUCCCAAUGACAGCCUGUUCGAAGCUGUCUACACUCUCAUCAAGAACAGGAUCCACCGCCUGCCUGUGCUGGACCCGGCCUCGGGCACAGUGCUGUACAUCCUCACACACAAGCGCCUGCUCAAGUUCCUGCACAUCUUUGGUGCCCUGCUGCCCCGGCCCUCCUUCCUCAACCGCACCAUCCAAGACUUGGGCAUCGGCACAUUCCGAGACUUGGCUGUGGUGCUGGAAACGGCACCUGUGCUCACGGCGCUGGACAUUUUUGUGGACCGACGCGUGUCUGCACUUCCGGUGGUCAAUGAAUCCGGUCAGGUCGUGGGCCUCUACUCCCGCUUUGAUGUGAUUCACCUGGCUGCCCAGCAAACUUACAACCACCUGGACAUGAGUGUGGGGGAAGCCCUGAGGCAGAGGACGGUGUGUCUGGAGGGAGUCCUCUCUUGCCAGCCCCACGAGACCUUGGGGGAAGUCAUCGACAGGAUUGCACGGGAGCAGGUGCACCGGCUGGUGCUCGUGGACGAGACUCAGCAUCUCCUGGGCGUGGUCUCCCUCUCCGACAUCCUUCAGGCACUGGUCCUCAGCCCUGCUGGCAUAGAUGCCCUCGGGGCCUGAGAACACCCAAGUCUUCCCUCCUGGGCCACCUAUGGCAGCUGGAAGCCAGCAAGGGGAACCGGAGCACUUGGCCUGCAUCUUCCCUACCCCUGCUUGCUGGUUCAGCUUUGUCUGGCUC